CAGCACUCCACCCAGCGCCGGUCGGAAGGCCCAGUGCUGGGCGGAAGGCCAAUGCCAGCCCGAAGGAGAAGGAGGCGAGGGUGGCCUCCGCAGCCUCCUGCCGGAAGUGGUGGCACAUGCCAACAAAAAGUUGGCUUUGGGACACUUGGAGCCACCUCAAGAGGCGCCUCAAGUGCACCCCCCGAAAGAUGGCGCUCCAGGCAAGUGCCUAGAUUGCCUUAAGGGUGAACCACCCCUGUUGCUGAGACAAGCGUUUCCUGGAGAGCAGGUGGAUAACACAGCUAUAACAUAUGAAACUUCCCCCCACUGCACAGCUGGGGGAGGGAAGGGGAUUUGCCCCCUCCCAACGAAGGAGAGACUUCUGGAAGGGGGGCGGGGCUUCUAGGAAGCUGCCCGCCUCUUAGAUCACUCACUUUUGGAGCUUCGACGUGAGAGGAUCCAAGAGUGGGAGCUCCUGUCCCUUGGUGCCGAGGUCCAGGAGGAGAACGUCGAGGGAGAUUUAUCCCCUUUUUUCAUCUGUUUAUACUACUGCUUUGAGGUCUGUAUAGGAAGGGAGAGAGGCUGAGGCAGGGGAGCCAGGGUUGGCCUUGGCUGCUGCUUGGCUUCUCCCUCGACGUCAUUGUGCCUGGUAAUGUUAAGAAUUUGUUUGGAAAUUAAUUUGCUUCCCCAGUUCUAAGGGGUUUUGGGCGGAGGAGGGUGCGUGCGGGGCCCGCGCGCCUCUUCUCCGUUCCUCCCUUCUUCCUUUGCAUGGUCCUGAGCCUUAUUAGUGUGAAGGUGUAGGCGGGGGCUUUACUUUUGGGAGAUAUGGGGAUGAUGUACCUUUUUUACAUGUUUAAGUUGGCUUUAUUUAUUGUGUAAUUUUAUUUGGAUGGUAUGAAUGAUGAAUUGGUUGUUUGGGUUGCUUUUUGAUUUGACGUUUGGGAAUGGAAGCUAUGUGGUAGGGUCGCCAUUUUUAUUACCAGUCUUAUGUAGAGGUGUUGCUGGGCAGAUUGGCUGUGUUUGUGGCGCGAAUUCCCUGUUGCUGGGCAGAUUGCCAUAGCCGUUAGUGUCGGUUCUGUGAAUUUCGCGCUCUUUUUGCUUGUAGUUUGCCGCGGUUUUUCCUUGGGCAGCCAUGUUGGUUGCCAGGUUGGGUGAGGGCUGGUCAGCCAUUUUACUUGUGGGCAUGGGCAAGCGUUUGCGGCGGCCAUAUUUGUUAAGGGAAUUAGGCUGGAAAGGACGGGCGCCAUGUUGAGUGAGGGCUGGUCAGCCAUUUUACUUGUGGGCAUGGGCAAGUGUUUGCGGCGGCCAUAUUUGUUAAGGGAAUUAGGCUGGAAAGGACGGGCGGCCAUUUUUGUAGCUGGCAUAUUAAAUAGUACAAUGGUGGCCAUUUUGUUGAUCGGUCGGCCAUCUUUGUUAAGGGAAUGGCAGCCAUUUUAGGUGCUUCAUGGCAGCCAUUUUACGGAACGUUUUUUAAGGGAUUCUAAUGGCGGUGGCCAUUUUUAAUUUGGGCAUACUCACAUUGCAUUGGUUUAAUGCUAUAACAAUUGAUGGUAUUGACUGAUUGGUUUUUAAAAAUACAAAUGGAUUAUUAGUAAUUGAUUAGAUGGUUCAAGUUAAGUCAUUGAUAAUGUAUGGAGAUUAAUUAAUUCAUAUGUAUUUAUGGUGGCUGAUUAAUUAAUGAAUUGAUAUUGGGGUUAAUUGAUUAAUAUAUUUAAUUAAUUUCAUGGGGUAAUUUAUUUAAUAUGUUAUUGAGGACAAUAAAUUAAUGAGAUUCUCUAUAUAAAUUGGGGUAUUAACUUAUUGAAUUAAUUUUAAUAUCAUGUUUAUAUAGGUGGUGCAUAUCAGUGUGUGGUAUUGUAUGCUUUAAUUAAAUGGAUGCUUGGUUGCUUUUGAUUUAAGAAAUGUUAGUUGCUUCGGGUCCCUUGGCUUGGAUAGGGUAGGGAGUUGGCUCAUUCUAGUUUCUGCCAGCCCCUCCCCCCCCACUUAUUUGCUACUGAACUUUCUUCCUCAAUAUUAACUUUUCGUGGUCUUACUGAACUUCUUAUUUUGCAGUAUGCCACCGAAGAAGAAUGUUGGGGGGCCUAAGGGCAAGGGUCCUGCGAAGAAGAUUCCAGCAAAGCGCCCGCCUCCACCAAGUGGUCCUUCAACCGAGGAUGAAGACUCUGCACAGUUGUUGGGAGUGUUGGUCGCCCGGAUCGAGGCACUGGAAAGAGAGAAAGCAGCGGCUGCUGCUGCGGAGGCGCAGAAGGCUGGUGGGGGCAGUAACACCGGGUUAAUUAGGUCCUUAUUUUCCCGUAUUUCUGCCUUAGAAGGGGAAAGGAGUGCUGCAGUGCCUGUCGCUGAUGCGAGCCUGGUUACAUCUACGCCGGUGACCGCUGAAGCUGUUCCAUCUACUUCGGCGGCAGCAGCUGAGAUGAGAAGUGCCAUAUCCGCUUUAGAACCCACCCUGUUGGCAAGUAGACGACGCGUCCUGAUUUGCGGGCACAGUUAUGUGCACUGGGCAGAGCGACAGGCGCGCAGAGGUCCCUACGACCAGCAUCUCGGCCUCGCUUCCUUGGCUUUUGUUGAAUGGAGGGGAAGAAGAGGUCUGCGGUGGGAGGGUUUGCUCCCUUUGUUGUUUGGGUCAGGGGUCCGUUUUCCACCUGACCUUAUUGUUAUGCAUUUGGGAGGCAAUGAUUUGGGGCUGCUUAAAGGCAGGGCCCUUUUUCUCCAGGUUUUAAAUGACAUGCACAAGAUCCAGGAGGUGUGGCCUCAUACCGGAUUGGCAUGGUCAGCAAUUAUUCCUAGGCCACGUUGGCCCUAUGGGGACGGUAAAAAAUUGGACAAAGCAAGGAAACGGGUCAAUAGGGCCCUGCGGAAGGUUUUGGAAAAUGGCAUGGGUUACUAUAUCCCUCAUGACACCAUUAGAUUCAAUGAUUCGACGAUGUAUCGGACUGAUGGGAUCCAUCUGUCCGAACUGGGCAACCAAAUUUUCUUAGCGGAUCUGCAGAAAGGAAUUAGGGAAAUUCUUUCGAAUUUGGUGGGGGUCAGGAGCUAAAUAGAGAUUUGCUCCUGAACUGUGGCGGAAUGCUUAGGGGAAUCUCUUAUUUUGGUGUGCACCACAAGGCACCUCUGUUUUGGUGUUGGCCAGAGGCGUGAAUCCUCGCUUAGGGUUUUUACAGCCCCGGCGAGGGUGAACGAUUAUGGCCUUGGAAUGGGAGACUUUGACCUCAUUUGUUUCGGAGGCAAAACUCUCCAACACAUUCCCCUUUAGGUCAUCCAGGUUUAGAUAGACUGGGGACCUGGUGUUUCGCCCUAAAUUCAGUCUUAAUGGAUGGUCGGGUAUGACCACUAAUAUCGGCUUAUGCCUUACCAAAUUCUUAGAUGGCUAAGGAUUUUUGGCCUAGUUCCAAAUUAAAGUUAAAUAGGUAACUAUCAAUAAAGUUGCCCAGUUUUAAACCCAAGCUUACUUGUCUUGUCUCGUUAUUUCGGAGGGUUGGAGGGCAAGAAACUUCCCCCCACUGCACAGCUGGGGGAGGGAAGGGGAUUUGCCCCCUCCCAACGAAGGAGAGACUUCUGGAAGGGGGGCGGGGCUUCUAGGAAGCUGCCCGCCUCUUAGAUCACUCCCUUUUGGAGCUUCGACCCACCCGCCCGCCGCUAACAGUAUAGCAGUAGUGUGGUCGCUUAGAUGGGCCGGGUAGGAAUUUUUUCCCUCCCAUAUUCUGGGAGGGUUUUUCGCCUACCCUAUACUGUGUGGAGUGGUAAAUUGGGAGAUGUGGUCAUUUAAUUAGGUGGUCAGCGGAAUGCUUAGGGGAAUCUCUUAUUUUGGUGUGCACCACAAGGCACCUCUGUUUUGGUGUUGGCCAGAGGCGUGAAUCCUUGCUUAGGGUUUUUACAGCCCCGGCGAGGGUGAACGAUUAUGGCCUUGGAAUGGGAGACUUUGACCUCAUUUGUUUCGGAGGCAAAACUCUCCAACACAUUCCCCUUUAGGUCAUCCAGGUUUAGCUAGACUGGGGACCUGGUGUUUCGCCCUAAAUUCAAUCUUAAUGGAUGGUCGGGUAUGACCACUAAUAUCGGCUUAUGCCUUACCAAAUUCUUAGAUGGCUAAGGAUUUUUGGCCCUAGUUCCAAAUUAAAGUUAAAUAGGUAACUAUCAAUAAAGUUGCCCAGUUUUAAACCCAA